CUCGAUUUUAUCCUCCAAAACAUUACAACUCGUACCAGGCUGCUGACCUUCUUGGUCCGGCCACAUCAUUCUCUUCGACAUGCCCGCUGGAUCCAAUCACCACGCAGGUCCCUCUGCGUGGCCACCCACUAUUAAAUACUCCGAGUCCAAUGGCACAGUCUCGCCAAAGCAUAUCAUUUACUCGGAAGCUCUCUCUGUUACUGCUGUUAUGAGGAAGAAUGCUCGCUGGGCAUCCUCUAGCCAAACGUAUAACACUCGCGACUCUGUUCUGGCCAGCAGUCUCGGUCUCCGGAGAACAGGGCCUGUACGGUCAAACUCUGAGCAAAGAGGUAGCUCAGAGGACGAUCUCAUGCUUGGAUUUGAGGAACUCAAACGAGAACUGCGAAAUGUACAAGACAUCACCACCUUACCAUUGACCACGCUUCUGUCCCCGUUCUUCGCCAUCAUACGAUCACCGCUUUCUACCGGACCCAUCACCUCCGCUGCACUCUCAUCCCUCCACAACUUCUUUCUCUGCGGGAUCAUAUCCCCGGAAUGCCCCAACAUCGAUCCGGCGCUCAUAGAGCUGAGCUCUGCAGUCUCCCAUUGCAAGUUUGAAGCUAGCGACUCCUCAGGGGACGAGGUGGUACUGCUCAAGAUUCUUACCGUGAUACAAGACUGUAUGUGCGGGCCUGUCGGCGGGCUGCUCGGGGACGUGGAGGUAUGCGAGAUGCUCGAGACGGUCUUGACAACGUGUGUUCAGAUGAGGUUGAGUGAGGCUCUCAGGCGGUCUGCCGAGCUGAUCAUGCAUACCCUUGUGAGGACAGUGUUUGCGCGGUUGCACUCACUCGACCCGGAGGCGGAGGAGAAGAAGUUGCUCACAUCUGAAGAAAGCCAAGGCCCUGAGAUCGGAAUUCCAAACCCCUCAGCCGAACUCGUCGUGACGAGCGAUGCACCAGUAGAGACCGACGCCCCUCAGGCUGUAGCGGAAGAGCCUCCAGCAGCACCAGAACCGCCAGCCGAAUCAACGAGACCGGAAUACGGUCUCCCAUCCCUCGUAGAGUUACUCCGAGUCAUUAUUAACAUUCUUGACCCAAACGACCGCAUUCACUCAGAUACGACACGUCUGCUCGCUCUCGGAAUUCUCAACGCCGCUUUUGAGGUUUCCGGUCCCCGUUUGGGCGAAUUCCCGUCUCUUCGCAGUCUGACUCUCGACCACGGUUGCAAAUAUCUCUUCCAGCUCGCUCGCUCGGAGAACUCUGCUGUACUAAACAUGGCCCUACGUACCACCUCGACGAUGAUGAACACCAUGCGAAAGCAUCUUAAGCUCCAACAAGAGCUCCUACUCUCAUUCACCAUCGACCGACUGGCGCCACCAGUCCCAGACAGACUAGCAGCGCGCUACAAGGUCCCGGCUCGUAAGGGGUCAGGGCGGUUGUCGAACACGGCCUCACCGAAACUAGAACCUACACCUGAUAGUGACUUGGAGAAGGGGAGCUCUUUGCCGAAUAAACCGCAUGCGCUACCUGCGAAGGGUGAGACGAGGGACGUUCUACUCGAAAUGCUCAGCCAAAUUUCCCGCGAUCCGAACUUCAUGGUCGAUUUGUUCACAAACUACGACUGUGAUAUCAACUCGGAGAACCUCUUCGAGCGGCUGAUUGACCUAUUGACCAAGGGUGUAUAUACCGAAUAUUACCCUGAAUCCAUGCAAGAGAGCCCAAUACAGUCGCAAUACCUGUGCUUGGACCUACUUCUCACAUUCGUCAAUCACAUGGCAGCGCGAGCCGAGGGUGCUGUCGUUUCAUGGCCUUCUGAAUAUAUAUCUUCUGAGGAGCUCAUGCAAAGCAAAUCGACCAAAAACAUCGUCCUUGCGGGCGCCGCGCGUUUCAACGCGAAACCAAAGACCGGCCUGGUAUUCCUGGAAGAGAACGGCAUCAUCUAUCGCGAUCUUCCACCCGACAUUUCCCGGGCAAAAAGUCUCGCAAUGUUCCUCAAGUCGUGUACUCGACUCGACAAGAAACUACUUGGUGACUUCAUCUCCAAGCCCGACAAUAUCGAGGUGUUGAAGGAAUUUCUGCGACUGUUUGAUUUCAAGGGCAAAACUGUCUCAGACGCUUUGCGUGAAUUACUUGAGACAUUCCGACUCCCCGGUGAAUCGCAGCAGAUCUCACGCAUAACGGAGACCUUUGCGGAAUUUUACUUCGAGACUGCGCCUGGGGAGGUCAAGUCGCAAGACGCAGUGUAUAUAUUGGCAUAUUCCCUCAUCAUGCUCAACACCGAUCAACAUAGCCCCCAAAUUCGGAAACGAAUGACAAUCGACGACUAUAAGCGAAACUUGAGAGGCGUCAACAAUGGAGAGGAUUUCUCUUCCGAGUACCUUCAAGCGUUGUUCGAUUCGAUUCGAAAGCGCGAGAUAGUCAUGCCUGAAGAACACACAGGACAGCUGGGCUUCGAGUUUGCAUGGAAAGAAUUGCUCACUCGCACACGGCAGUCAGGACAACUGAUGAUAGCCAACUCUGAUCUCUUCGACAAGGAGAUGUUCACUUCCGUCUGGAAACCUGUCAUCUCCGCCAUCACAUACGCCUUCAUGACCUUCGAUGACGAGUACAUCAUCGAGCGUUCCAUAGCAGGCUUCCGACAAUGCGCGACUCUCGCUGGCCACUUCCGCCUACCCGAUGUCUUCGAUUACGUCGUAGUAUCCUUGUCCCAGGCGACCAGCCUGCUUUCUGAUGCUCUGCCAACGGAAGUACCUAUCUAUCCUGUUGUCGAGGUGGAGGGACAAUCGAUCACGGUGUCGACGUUGUCGGUUCAGUUUGGCGCGAAUCUCAAGGGCCAGUUGGCAGCUGUGGUGCUGUUCCAUAUCGUCAAUGGAAACGGGAACGCCGUCCGCGAGGGGUGGACCCAGAUAUUCGAGAUGUUCCAAAACCUCUUCAUACACUCCCUCUUACCCACUCGCAUGCUGCAAAUGGAAGAUUUCCUUGGCGGUGUCUCCAUGAUUCCUCUGCGUGGAAGCAGUCAACAACCCCUUCGUCCUCAACCAAGGAACGACGGUCUUCUGUCCGCGUUGUCAUCCUAUUUGAUGACGCCGUACACGCCUAGCCCGGACGCAGUACCAGAGGCGACGGACUCAGAGAUCGAGAACACGCUCUGUGCUAUUGACUGCAUCACGACUUGUCGGUUAGAUGAGCUUUAUGGUCAGAUCAUGCAACUAGAUCUCGACCCGUUGAUUGCAGCUGUCCGGUCGCUUGAGGCGCUUGCGCACGAGCGGACAGUGGCGAGGCUGCAACAAGACUCGGAGGAUAUGGCCAUCACUUUCGAGACCCCAUCUGCAGAGUUGAACGGCUCGCAAACGUCGCUUCCGUAUGACCCUGCAUCCGUGUUCUUGCUCGAGACGAUCGUUAGCAUCGUGCGACAGACGCCUCAGCACAUCGAGGAAUUAUGGCCCAUCGUCUUCGAGCACAUCUCUGCUCUGUUGUCUUCCUCGACAAGGUACAGCAUACUCCUGAUCGAGCGCGCUGUGGUCUCCCUACUCCGGGUCUGCUUGAUCUUGGCGACGAAGCCUUCUCUACGAGAUCAGAUCUAUAUAUCAUUUGACCUUCUCGGAGGUCUUCCACCCACCAUCUCCAACUCUGUCGCCGAACAGAUUAUUUCAGGCCUCAUGCUUAUCCUUCAAAACCAUCGGGACAUCGUCAGCUCCCCAACCGAGUGGAACAUCGUCCUCGCCCUAGUCCGCUCCACCGUCUCACACAUCGAAGCCGCCCGUUCUUCCUUCGAGCUCGUUCAACGCCUCAUCGUUGAAGGACCCGAACGCUCCGUGUCACUCGAUAACGCGGCGGGGUUGAUCGCCGUGUUGGACGAUUUCGCGACGGCGGCGAGUUAUGUGGCGGAGGCGGAGCAGCAGCAACAGCAUGCGAGGAGGCAGGUCAAGGCGGAUGUGUCUAGUUCACCGGUAAUCGACCGUGGACGGAAGGCUGUCGACUUGAUGUUCGAGCUACUGAAGGCUCUCAAUGCGACGUCGGUGGACAAAUCCGACCCACGCUUCAACCAACAAUCCCUCAUGAUCCUCGCCUCGCUCUCCUCCCAAUCCACGAACGCAUCCCGCGAAAUCCGCCACUCCGCCCUCUCCCAACUCUCCCGCGCCGUCCUCGGUCCUCUCGUCCCCGAACCCAAACUCUCCACAAACCCACACCUAAGUCCAGAAGAAUCCGACUCGCCUCUGAACAUCGCACAACUCUUCGACGAAGUCCUAUUCCCCAUGAUCGACGACCUCAUCAAAGUCGCCCCGACCGCGGCUGUCGGUAUGGGCGCGGGCGCGGAAGGCACGGAGACGAGGGUGCGGGCGGCGAUGGUGGUUUGUAAGGCGUUCAUGAGGUUUGAGGUGAGGGAUGUGGUGGGUGUGAGGGACGGGGAGGAGGUGAGGGGACUUUGGGCGAGGGUGUUGGAUGGGAUGGACGCGUUGAUGGGGGUGGAUAGGACGGAUCAGAUGUCCGAAGCCGUCCAAGAAUCCCUCAAGAACGUCGUCCUCGUCAUGAACGCAGCGGGCAUGCUUGUCCCUCGGCCUGCGACACCGGAAGACACGCGGAACGAGCAGCAGAAACAGCUUUGGGAGGUCACGAGGGAGAGGAUGGAGAGGUUCUUGCCGGGACUGGUGGAGAGUGUUGUUCCCACGCCUGAGCCUGAACCUGUGGCACAACCUGCGGGCGAGCAUCAGCAUGUGGAGGGAUCACAUCCUCCACAAGAGGUUGCGGCUUGAGCACGCUAGACGAAUAUGAUUUAAUUCAUGGCGUUGAGGAUGCGGGUGGGGUAACGAGACGUCGUCAGUGGUCGGCCGGAGUGGCGGUGUGGCGUAAGUAUGUUUGUUGUGGCCGGACUGUCAUAGCGUAGUAAUAGUGAUUUGAUACCAGCGCAGUAGUACCUUAAUUUUUCUUUCUUGAAUCGGAACGAAGGCU